UGUUUACUGUGCAUUUUACGUUGAUGAAUUAAUUGUUGAGUGUCUGAGGUGAAUAAUAUAAUGAAAGAUAAUUUUGAUGGAUCUUUCAAGUUAAUUAUCAUGAAUUAACGUCUGGGGUAGACAUGUGUCUCUCAGGAAUGUAAAACGUUUCAACAGUUUAUUUCCUAUGGUGAUGAUAAUUUAUGGAUAGUAAAGGGGUGAAGAUGUUGCAAGACUAUGGCAGAACUUCAUGUCUUCGGUGAGCUUGCAUAUGCUGAGAAUUUUAAACAAGCUACAUUGUUCUGCAAGUGGAGCUUUCAUGCAGGUAACGGCUGGAAACUGAUAAAUGGAAACCCCGAGGGUCAGACUCAAGAAUGCCAGAACCUCUAUACAGGAAAGCCAACCUGGAGUCAUCCUAUUGAUCUCCAUUACUCAACCCAGUCAAUCCAGGGGGCACCGAAGCUCCUGAUCCAAGUGUUCUGUCGAGAUAACUAUGGACGCAUUUUAUUCAUCGCUUACGGGAUCUGCCCUGUGCCCUUAACUCCUGGCUUUCACGAGGUCAAGUGCCACACGUGGAAACCCAUCGGUAACUGGCAGGAUCGCUUGAGAGAUCGUUUCCUGGGAAUGAGCCUGCAACUGAAAACUCCAAAUCUCUUGACUAAUGGAACUGAUAGAUUUGAACUACUGACUGAGAGCAUGGGGACCGUGCACCUAGAGUUCCACAUUUUGACGCAGAAUUUCAAUAAAUUCGGCUGUUUUCUCUGAAUAGAAACCCUAAUAAUCAAUAAACAGUUGAAAAAAAACAUCUUAAACUGGACGA